GCGCAUGGAAUACAAAUUGAUACAUAGUUACCACGCAUGUUUGUGUACCUACUAUCUUUCCAAACAUUUGGAUACAAACAAACCAUAACAUCUAUUGCGUCUCAGAUUCUAUUCUAGAACACAUGUUUACUUCUUCUCCCUUGUAAAAAUGGACAACCUACGUUUUAUUGUCAAUGAGCUUAACAAACUCUUCGAUGCAGACUAUAACAUGAUAUCAUUUGGAUCUCUUUCGGAAACUGAACUGCUCGAAGUCCUAAUGAAUGUCCUCAGCAUGGUUGGAGCUACAGCCAAAAUUGAUGUACAAAAGAAUAAAGAACAGUCCAUAAUGAACAUCCUUAUGGCAUUACAAUCAAUCAAAUAUGUUCCGGAGAAAGACAUUCCUGCCAGUGAGUUCCGCGAAGGUUUGAUCAUGGGACGUCGGAACAUCAUCCAUCCGAUUCUUUUCUGGUUACUUUCCAACACUGAGAAAGUCAAGAAACGAGUUUAUUUUGCUACAUUUGUAGAAAGAGUUGAACUUCCUCCUGAGUUACUCGGAGAUCCAGAUAUUGAACAAAUGAACAUCGCUUAUGAAGAACUCAUCGAGAAGUUCUACGUGGCUUACAAUGAAAACACCCGUGAUAAAAAGAAUGCUGCAGAGUCGACAGAAUUACAGGAGGAUAAAAAGAUGUCGGCCGAUAUGUCCUUCUUGGUGCAACGUCUGGAUAUGCAGAAUGACAAACUAAAAAAUGUCCCAAAUCGUGAAGGGUUGAUCAAUUCUGUUAAGUCUUACAGAAGCGAAGUCAAACAAAAGGAUAAGCUUACUGAUCAGCUGCGUGCAAAAAAUCUGUUAGUUCAAAUGAAUUCUGAUAUAAAGAGCCUUCAAAGCACUAUUAAUCAAAACGCUGGACGUCGUCCGGAAAAUAUGGAUCCUAUCCAACAGAUUCGCGAAGAGGUGCAGAUCAACAAGAUAUUGAUGGAGGGACAAUUACCUAGGGAGCAUGAGGAGAUUAUAUUGGAGUUGAAAGCUUUUGAAAGAGUCGCGCAGGAAGUUGAACCUACUUCGGAAGAAAUUGACACUAUCAAUACUGAGAUGGAGGAUUUAAGUCAACGAGUACAAACUCUCCUCAAUAAAAAAUUGACUUUGACCAACACCAAUGAUGAUCAACUGCUCCCCUUCAGGAAUCAAGCAACUAUCAUUGCAAAUAAAAAGCAGGAACUUUCAAACUUCAUCAUGAAAGUGAAAAAUAAGAACGAAGCUGUUUUAGAACAGAUUAAUCAGAAGCUAGGUACAUUGAGAGAGUUAGUGGGGGAUUUGUUGCAUGGUGAUGAAUUGAAAGUCUUUAUCAGUAACCUUAGAGAAAGGAGCUUGCUCUACAAGAAGUGCAGGUCUUACUUACAAGGUUUACAAGCCGUCAUUGGUAACGCAACUAGAACAUUAGAGAUUCUCCAGUUGGAAGAUCCGACUGUUGCGGAGGCAAUUAAAUUGGCGAAGGAGAGACCUACAAAUGAAACUCCACAGACGGAUGAUAUCGCAGAGAUGAGAUAUCUCUGCAAGAAGUUGUACCAAGAAACAAAUCAGAUGAGGGCUGAGUCAUCCAGGAUCUACGAUGAGCUGGUACAACUGCGCACUGAUUUUGAAGGCUUCAAUGAUGAAUUCUAUGUUGCUAAGCGAGAAUUUGAUCAUGCAACAGAUAACAUUACUGGAACCAUUGAAAAAUUGGAACAAUCUUUUGAAGAUUUAGAGGAAAGCAUUAAGCGUGAGAAAGACGAGUGGAAAGAAGCAACAAAAAGCAUGGAAAGUUACGAGUUGAUUGUGAACAAAUAUAGUGAGGAAGUGUCAUCCACCCAGGGUGGUGUUAAUAUCAUUCAACAGCUGACCGGAAAGAUACGUGUGCAUGAGAAGAUGAAAAAAGACAUGGAAAACCAACUGGAACGCGUCAAGCAGAUGAAGGGGGCGGAACAAGAGGAAAUUGAACAACUACAGCGUAUCAAACAAAUGAUUUUAUUCAAGUUACAACAACCGGCACGUUGAAUUUUGAGAAAUUUAACAAUGCAUUUUAUUCGAACCCUUUAAACCCUUUGUAAGUGCCCUAAAUGCUCUUCGAAACAAUUUUAUAAAAAUUUGAAAAUAAGGUGUGGAAAAUGCCCUAUGUCUCUUAAACAGAUAUACUUUCUACAAGUUUCUCAACGCCAUGUUAUAGUCUAAAAGGUCCUUUUUAUGAUGCAUUUUAUUCCAAUUCCCUAGACCCUUUGCAAGUGCCCUAAAAUUCUCUUCAAAAGUUGACAUUUUUAAGAAAAUUUUAAAACAUGGUGUGGAAAACGCCCUGUACCUCCAGAACUAAUAUAUUUUCUUCAAGUUUCUUGGCGUCAUAUUAUAGUCUAAGAGACUCUUCUUGUAAUGAAUUUUAUUUCAACCCCGUAAACCCUUUAGAAAUGCCCUAAAAUGCUCCUCAAAAAUUGACAAUUUUAUUAAAAGUUGAAAACAUAGUGUAGAAAACGCCCUGUAUCUCCUGAACUAAUAUACUUUCUCCAAGUUUCUUAACGCCAUAUUAUAGUCUUAGAGACCAUUUCUACAACGCACUUUAUUCCAAUCCCCUAGAUCUUUUAGAAGUACCUUAAAACGCCCUUUAAACCUUAGCAAUUUAAUAAAAAUUUGAAAACAUGACGUGGAAAACGUCUUAUAUCUCCCGAACUAAUUGACUUUCUUGAAGUUUCUCACCGUCAUAUUAGAGUUCAAGAGUCCCUCUACACGAUGCGUCCCUUUUUAACCCUUUAGCCCUUCCGGAAGUACCCUAAAAUACGGUUUAAAAAUCGCCAUUUUUGUCCAAUAAAUUUUAUUUUUUGGUCGAAAAACAGCGUCAAAAUCGUAUUCACAAACAUUUUCGGUCGAAUAAUAGGGUCGAAAUUAUUUUUAUAAAUUAUUUUUGGCUGAACAACAGUGACGAACUUUUUUCCUAAACAUUUUCAGGUCGAAAUCAUCGAAUUGGUGAUUAUCAAAGAAACUAAUAGAGCUAGGAAAAAAAGAAUUUCAUUAUCUUGAUCCGUGAGGAAUUCACAAGAAGAGAGAAUAUGUUUUGAAAAACGACCAAAUUUGAAUGAAAAAAAUUAAAGAAAUGUUUUGUCAUAAAAAAAUUUAAGUUGUUUGUAAAGUAGGUUUACGAUCGAGAUGUUUACGUGAUAACGUCUUAUUCGUGAUAUAAGUUUUGUUUGUUGCAAUUGUUGUAACACUUCACUUGCACUUCACAUUUUGUUUUACUGUUAGGCUCCCCGCACACUACAAACUUUUUAUCGGCCGAUAAAACAUUCAACGAAAACUUAACCGCACGAGAAAAUCUCCAUUCGUUUGUAUGCCGCUAGAGUGAGAGAGACGGAAGAUCGGUCAACUCACUCGAACGCUAUGACUGGCACGGAAUGACUGGCAGCGCUCGAGAUGAGACGGGAGAUCGGUCCGUCUCUCUCUGGUUAUAACGAGAGGGGGGUCGGAAUGACUGGCAGCGCUCGAGAUGAGACGGGAGAUCGGUCCGUCUCUCUCUCGUUAUAACGAGAGGGGGGUAUACCUGCGAUCGACCUCGCUCGUGACACAAUGCUUCUGAACCGGUCACCCGUAAAACGAUUUUAAAGACGUUAUCACGUCAAAAAGGCAAAAGAUUUCUCUUUUUAUGUCGAAUGCCAAUUUCAUUCAAAUUUGUAAAUAGAAGCUAAAUGGUAAAAGUUAGCUAAAGAAGUUACUUAAUGUGUGUGUGUGUGUGUGUGUGUGCGCGCGAGUCCAAUUUCAGGUCGAAACUAAUGGUAAAAUCGGUUUACAUUAUUCGGAUCGCAGAAUGCCGAGGAGGCUGAAAAUUUUCGCGGGUAUUUCGACAUAAUUUGAAUGUAACUUUCUCUCUUCUUUUUUCUCUCCCGUUCUCUCUCGCUUUCCCUUGUUCUCUCUUACUCUUUCUCACUCUCUCUCUCUCUCUGCAUGGGCGGUCGUUCGCGUCCAAUUUCUCUUUUAUGAAUGUUUUUAUUAAUAUUCACAGUUCUGGCAAGGACCUAUUCACAUGGGUAUAUAGUGUGUAUUUUGUUUAAAUUUUAACAUAAGAGUUUGGUACCAUUUCAAAAUAUUUAAGGUCAUGUAAAAUAAAAAAAAAUUCAGUAUUUCUUUUGUCCCACCUUUUACACAAGAUAUCUAAUUCUAUUUUUGUGUUUACCAAGUACGGUAUUGCUUGUACAACGUGGGAAGACCUAACCUCAGUUUGAUUAUUAUUAGUUGAAGUAUGAAAGAAUUAUUGGGAGUGCAUCGAAGAUAUAAAGAAGAUCGAGGAUGAUUCAAGGAUGCAGUGUGGAACAGAAAAUUGUCUUAAAAAAAUUAACUGACUAAUUUAGGCUUGUUAGUCUGACAUUGUUGAAGGACCAUUCGUGCAUCACACUGGAUUUUGCACCUGAGUCUGACAUUGUAGAAGGACCAUUCUUCCAUCAGAUUGGAUUUUGCGCCUGAGUCUGACAUCGUAGAAGGACCAUUCUUCCAUCAGAUUGGAUUUUGCACCUGAGUCUGACAUCGUAGAAGGACCAUUCUUCCAUCAGAUUGGAUUUUGCACCUGAGUCUAACAUCGUAGAAGGACCAUUGUUUAUGCUUGUGUGUUUUCUUUAAUAAAGAAUAUUUUUUAAG